UGCGCGUCUGUGUUAGUGCGAUUUCGGGAAACGCAGCGUUAUUCGUACGGCUUCUUCCCCUGCAAUUUUAAUUGAAAAUUUCAUCGUGUUCUAAGCAAUUUGUGACGAAAGUGCUCUAUUUCCGCAGAGGCUAAGGCUCCAAAUAUUCGCACUCAUUAUCGUGGGAUAGAAGAACGCCUCACGGAAUUUUUUUUUUUAGCAUUAGCGUAUCACGGCACCGAGUCCCUCAUGGGUGUCCUUUCCGUGUUCUUUUGUGUUUUUCCCUCAUGAGAGGUGUGAUUAAAAGCUAGUUUAUUAUUCUAUUAGAUUAUCUAUUGGUUUUUUUGCGGCAUAAGUGCAUCAUCUAGCCUCGUAUCUCGCCUGCGGGAACCUCUAACUGGCAUCGCUUGUUUAUGACACUCGCUAUGGACCAGACGAAUUUAAUCAAUAUUUUGUUAUGAUCAUCUUUUUUCUGGCCCGCCUGCCCUGUCAUGGUACCGCAUCUCCCCUGCUGAAAUGUGUUAGUGCUUCCAAAUGAAAGCAAUGGUUUCCUACCCGGAGAACAUUGGCAGCGGACAAACUGCGGUGGACAACAACAAUGCUAUUCCUCAGGAUCAAGCCGUAUUUGAAGCGGACAAACGAGCAGUUUACAAGCAUCCCUUGUUCCCGUUGCUAGCACUGCUUUUUGAACGUUGCGAACAAGCGACUCAGUCAGCUGAAACCCCAAAUUCUGAGAGUUUUAACAUGGACAUACAAGCCUUUGUUCAACAUCAAGAACGAGAUAGGAAACCCUUUUUAAUCAACGAUGCAGAAGUAGAUGGUUUAAUGAUCAAAGCAAUUCAAGUCCUUCGAAUUCAUUUACUCGAAUUAGAAAAAGUUCAAGAGCUCUGUAAAGACUUUUGUAACAGGUACAUAACGUGUUUAAAAGGAAAAAUGCAGAGUGAGAACCUACUUAGGUCUGAUUACGCAACCGGUUAUGUUGAAAACAAUAACAACAACAGUAGUGGUCAUUCAAGUGAUAGCAGUAGCCCUUUAGCGCAUUCUCCCCACCAUUUACAGGUGCUGUCCUCCACAGGAGCUGUUGGGGGAGUAUGCGAAGACUACGUUCUGAGUAACCCUGCAAUGCCGCCGCUUUCUCCUGCCCCUACACCAGUCCUCGCUCCAGCACCGCCUGUCCUCGGAAGUACGCCUCUCUCGCAAAUUGGUGCCAACCCGUUUCCUUCACCAUGUGAAUCGACACUUCUUCAAGGUUCACUGUCCGCAACCAGCGGAGGCUCCGGUGAUGAAGAUGAUGAUUAUUUUGGAUCAAAGAAGAAGCAAAAAAGGGGAGUGUUACCCAAACAUGCUACAAGUAUUAUGCGUGCCUGGUUGUUUGCUCAUUUGGUGCAUCCUUACCCUACCGAAGAUGAGAAAAGACAAAUUGCUGCUCAAACUAAUCUCACCCUAUUGCAAGUUAACAAUUGGUUUAUCAAUGCAAGACGUCGUAUUUUGCAACCCAUGUUAGAUGCAUCAACUCCUUCUGAUAAUUCAGCAAGUGAACAAAGUGGUAGCGGUAAGAAAAGUAAAAGCAAUGGAUCUGGAAAUGCAAGUAGUAAACAGUUCUCACAAAAAUUCUGGUCAGAAAAUAUUGGGGCUCUUCAACAGUUCGCUUUAGAAAAUACUCAGGACUCAAGUACGGUCAGCUCGGACGAAUCAGAUGCGGAUAAUUGUGAGGUUGGCAGUGGUGUCGAGGGGACAGAAACCGGCGAAGACCGAAAACCAGAAUCUCUUCAUUCGUUGAAAAAUUCGUAGUCAUUUCUCAACUCUUAUUAGCGUAAGUCUUAGCUUUCUUGGCUCCCACUGAAAGCAUUCCCAGUCAUUAUAGUUUAUCGUGUUUUCUAUUUUAAUUUUUUUAUUUGAUUUUAUUUUUAUUAAUUAACCAUCGGUCAUUUGUUUAAAUGCUAAUUCAAGGUCUUGUUAUUUUUUGAAGUGAGAGCAGUUCAUUUUCAUGUUUAAUUCAAGGUCUUGUUAUCUUUUGAAGUGAGGACAGUUCAUUUUCAUGUUUAAUUCAUUCCGACCUGUUUGGAGUUACUUGAGAAUCAAAGCAAAACAGGCUCAUUUUAUUGUAGCGUUUGUUAUUCCUCUCUAGUGUGUCCUCUGAGGGAAUUCAGUCCCAAAGUCUCUGCCGAUUUUUUUCGGAUUAAUCUUUGCAAAUCUUCCCGUUUGUUUUGACUUUUUCUGCUUGAAAAUGCCCCUAGACUUGAACCAAAUCCUUGUAGACUUAUGUUAGAGGUAUUAGCAUUUUUCAUUGUCUCCACACAUUUUUCUAUCCAUAAUUUUCCUUUCAUUCUCUUUUUUUCUCUUUUACCCUCCGCUCUAUGCCCCCCUCCCUCCGUGGGAGGUUUAAUUAUAAAUUUAAAUUACAAAUGAACCUUUCAGAAGAAUUGGUUAAGUCAAUGCGCUUUGAGAUGGAGCCUGCUUAUGAUUUGGUAUAUUUUUUUUCCAAAGCUCUCUGAAAAAAUUCAGUUAGGCCUGACAUCAAUUUCGUUCUCAGCAUUGUUUCAACCGCACUAAUUUCUCCCUGUGAGUCCUCUUGUUUUUCUAUCUUUUUUUCUUGACACUGGCUUACCCUUAAUCAGAGAAAGAAAUAACUAAUACUGUCUUCCAUCUCUGCACUUGUUUUGAGAGCAAGGAGAAAAAUAUUAAAACUUUUGUAAUUAAGGGAAUGGCCAGUGUAUUUUUUCAUGUUGUAUUUGAAGAAAUUUACUUUUUAGAAUAGAUGGAAUCUAGCCAUGAUUUCUCCAUUUUUGUGCACAAAUCUUUUCGUAUCAUAUUUUUUUUUCCGACUCUGAGAUAAAACGAUGCUACGUAAUGAAUUAAUGGUGAACUCUCUCUUUGUCACAUCUCCUUAACAUGAAUUUAACUUUUUUUUUUUUUUCAUUUUAAAGAACCCUUCACUCUCCCCUAAAAAUAAGUUUCAAAAUACCUCUCUGCAACUGCUUCCUAUGUUUGUAGAAAAAAAAAUCGAAAGGAAAAUUUUUAAAUUUGUUGAUAACUUUUAGGCCAAGAAUUUGGAAGGUUUACUUUUAGCGUCAAUAGAUACAUCGGUACCAAACCCUGAUCAAUGGCCCAGAUAUCUUAGACUUUUCUCUAACUAUACUGUUAAAGUAAUUGAUGCUAUUAAGUAAUACACAGCACUUAAUUUUCCUCAUAGUUUUGAUUCUAAGACUUUAAUUAAAUUACCUGUGUCCUCUCUCAUUAACAGGGAAAUUAAUCUGAAAUAAUUUUGCACAUUGUUAGUCCUGCAAAAAGUUUAGUAAAUAGUGCUAUAUUAGCUCAUCGUUUUUGCUCAUACUUAUUUACUACUCUGCAAGUGUGCUUUGCCCUUGUCGAUCAAAUUUUAGUCAACAAAUUUGAUUACCUGUUCCAAAAUAGGUAUGAAUUAUUCUCAAUCUUUAAUUAAUAACUUUAAUGUUAACUCUUCAAGGACUUUGCUGGAAAAUUAGCCAUCAAGAAUAUUCAUGAAAUUAUAGAGGGGAAGUAGCUUAAUUCUGUCGAAUAUUGCAAUGUGUUCUGUUUUCCCUGGAUGCCAUGCGUUAAAUGCAUGGCAGAACUCUGAUGGGAAGAUUAGUUCUUAUUGCAUGAAAUUUAGUUCUGUCAUCGGCAAGACUUAGAAGUGAUAUCAAACAUUUAUAUGAUGUCAAGCGCAUUCUGCUCUCAUUUUCAACAUGUACUAGUAUUAUAUCAACUACAGUAAGACCAUAUGUUAUCAACAAUUAGCUUUAGCAUCAGAUGUCGAGUGAUUGCCCAUCUAUGCGUUUCAAAGCUAUUUCUUUUUGUUGAGCCAUUUGUUUCCUCAUUGAAAUGUUCUUGUAUACGAGUGUCUUUAUUCAAAAGUUUUUAUUUUUUAUCUUGAAUACAAUACUCUCCUUUAUUAUAAGGUGUAUAUUUAAAUCUGGAUUAGGCAAAAAUGUCAGUCAGUGCUUAAUCAGUUAAGUGAAUAUAUUGUAAAUAAUCCAGUGCUGUUCGCGGAUAUUUUUAGUGUUCAAACAAAACAUUCCAGGAGGUAAUCAUAAGUGAUGUGGAACAAGGUAUCUCUACUCAACGAUGUUCCAAGUUAUUUACCCCACCUCCCAUCUAUUUCUAUUUUUCAAAUCCUUUUGAGAUUCCAUCGCUAGCAUUACAUGAAAGGAUACAUUUUUAUCUUUAGUAUCAGUAUAGACAUUUACUGAACGGAUGUUUUACAAGAUAAACAUUCCACUAAACUCUAGCUUAGAAUAUUGCUUUCAAAUUUGCUGUCAGAGCUUUGAAAAUCGCUCUUAUAUCAAACGAGAGAAAAAAACUUGAAAGCAAGAUAUCCACUGAUAUCUAGCAAGAGAUUAAAGAUGUUCUCGUAUUAAUUCAUUGCACCUCCUAGUCAGAGGGAGGUAUUGAAAGUGGCUCCUAAUUUAAACCAUCAAUACAUGCGUAGUACACAUUGAUGUCUUUUUGUGUAAAAUUUUAAUGCUAUAAAUUUUUCAUAUUCUAUUUUCUCUCGCAAAUUGUGAGAUUUCUGCUUGUAGCUAGGAUUAUGAAACGUGAAGAUAUAAUCGGUAACUUCAGCUCAAAAAUUCUAGACAAUGAUGAUGGUCAAGUACAGAAAAUGCGUAGAUAGCUCAUUACAGUCAAAAUUUACUUUCUUAAGAUAGUUAAAACUAAUGUCCAUCAUAAGGUGUCACCUACUGAAAAAGGAUGAGCAAUUUAUGGCAAAUUAUCAGAUUUCAGCAGCCAAUUUGAAACCAAUAAUGAAUGUAUCGGCCAUUGAAAGAAAGUUGUUUAAAUGAUUGCCUUCUUAUUCUAAGAAGCAUUCGCAUAUGCCAGUGGUAACCGUACGUAUUUUGUGAUUUACCUCUUAUUCAAUACUAGAAAUAGACUGGUAGGUUUCUCUUCCAUGUGUUAAAGUCUGUAUUAUAUAUGUAUCUACAUAGAUGUAUGUUUAAUUAACUAUUGAAAUACCGAGUGUAUACCAUUUGCAGCUUCAGACAUUCAAAUAUGCUGAGAGGAUUCAAGCAAAAACCAUUUUGCAUUCCUUUGUCAUUGUUGUUUUAAAUUUUCCUCCUCCUUUGACUUCCAAAUGCUCACAAUUCUCAUGUUUUUAUAUGAACUAAUUAAUUGCUUUUCUUUACUUAUUAGACUGAAAAUUUUAUCUUUGUUUUAUCCAAAAUUUCGAACUUAUUGCACAAUUUUAUUUGGCUCAAAUUUUUUUGAAAAUUGAUUUUGCGGAGGUCAGAUAACAUUCCCUCAUCCGUGUUCUUUUUUAAUUAUAGUUUACUUACCAGAAAUUUUCAGUUCUUUUCUCUAAAGAACUAAGGAUAUUAAAGUAAAGUGAUGAGGCGUAGCUUUACUGAUCUUAUAUCCUAGCUUUAAUGCUUUGAAAAUCAAUCAAGCUUGUUCGUAAAUUUUCAAGUCCUGUCUAGGCUCAGCUCUGUCUACCUUGUGUAUGUAGUGCCUUUUCGAUCAGCUGUGGGCAGUGAUUAAGUAAAAAAUAUGAGUCUAUAUAUUUGGAUGGUCUAUUUUGCAGCAAUGUUGUCAGAUGAGGUUGGGAAAUUUCUUGAUUGUAGUGGUAGCUCAAUGUAAUGAGAAGCAGCAUUCCUCAAAAACUGACAUAAAUGUUGUAAAAAAGUGAGAAAAAUAAUUAAAAUUUUGACUGCAUCUGUCAAUUCAAAGUCUCUCGUACGAAACGCAUCUUGAUUGCAUUGUUUCUGUAUCUCUUAUUGACAUCUUAUUUUUCACUGCAAAACUUUCUCAUAAAUUUGUCUUACUUCUCUAGUAAAUUUUCCACACUCUAGGAAGAAAAUGUUUCAAAAUUUUCAGACAAACUCAUGUAACAGUUUCCUCGUGAAAAAACAAAAUGUUUGUGGUCUUGUCUUACUGAAACAGUUCAGUCACGAUACAUUUCUUCAUGAGUGAUACAACGAAUUGACGUCUUUAACACAAUAAAUUUCUUUACACAGGCUCUUCUCGAAUACCAUUUGUUGAUUAUUGCUGCCUCAAUUUUUAAGCCACUAAUAUUAGUUUUACUGCUCUUAAAAAUGUGAACACCCAGUAUUUUCAUCUUUGGUUUUUAUUUUUCUCGAGCAAGUUAGAAUUUUGCUUAUCAUUAUAUUGCCCUGAUCUCUCCAAUCCUGUUACCCUUGAUUGUAAAAAUGGGUAAUUUUCGGCUCUGGCUGGUAACCAUGCCCCAAAGUCUAAGUUUGUUAUUUUGAGCUAGUCUUAUAAUGUAAACAAAUGUGCUCUCUUUUUUAGUUUUCGUUUUUUAAUUUAUAUUUCAAUGUUUAUUUUUUCAGUAUUUUUUCAAAGGCUGAAAUGUGUCAUAAUGUUUUAUUUUGUUUUCUUCAAUUCUGUACCACGUUAUGGUGCUUCAUUUUUUCUCACAAAAAGUGUAUAAAACCAUGUUAGUAUAACGCCAAGCCUGGUAUUAGAUAUUCGAAAUAGAGUAAAAUUUGCAGGUUUUUGUGAUGCGUUGAGUUUUCAAUGUAAUGUGAGUGCGUGAAGUGCGGACCGAGAAACUCAGAAGUAUUAAUUUCUUUCAUUCCAUUUAAAUUUUAUUUUGUAUUCAUGAUUCGUUCUUUUGAGGUAGAAAAAUCCCCUUUGAAUGCAAGUAAAAUUUAUACAACUUUUGCUCAGACAUUUUCCUCUUUUUUUCCGUUCCUUGGACCAUUAUAAGGGCAGUCCCUCUUCCAGUUUAUGAAAAGACUUAAAGAUUUUAUUUUAUUUUACUUUUUGGAUAAAGAAUCCCUCAAAAUGAAAUUUUUCCCUUCUCUCUUAUUCUUUCUUUCUUCUAUUAAAGGCAAAUAAUAGAAUCCUCCUAAGGAUUAACAUUUGAGGAAAGACAAUUUUGGCUGUUGAAAUGGUUAUGAUAAAUCAAGUAACGAGGCUGAACUCAAAGGACGGAAGUCAACGGCAUUAGUGCUAAAAAUUCAUGAGCCGUUGACUUAAUUUGGGAGUCCUAUAGCUAAGUUCUUCUCUUUACUUGUAUCACCAUGUACUGCAAAUUUCAAAUUAAAAAAUAUGUUGAAUGUACGUUUUUUAAGUAAGAUUUUCCAAAUUUGUGUUUUGACCCUUUAGUUUCAUUAAACUUUACACCCAAUUCAGCAGAUUUAAAGACUGCUCAGUACUGCUUCCUUAAUUGAGUUAAAUUUUUCAGUGUAUAUUUAUUGAAUUUUUUCACGCAUGGUGCCAAGUCCUUAUUACUAUUAAUUGCUAAAUUAUGUAUUUUGUAAGUUACUCUAUUUUUUACAAUUUGUUUCAUAGCUUUGAAAAAAUAAACAAAUUUAUCUCUGAA